GCAGGUUCCAUGGCGACGCGGCAAACACUCGCGCGUCGCCAAUGGUAGGCGGAGGUUGGCGUCCGGGGUGCGGGAGGAGCCAGUUCGAUAUCCGUCACCAGUUCGGGUCAUGGCCGCUGGAUUGGUAUCAGCAGAGACUUUCGACGUCUUUUACCAAUGAUUCAUCGAGGGUGAUUAAGUAAACGCAGAAGCGAAAUUCGGUCAAGGUGUUCCUAGGCAGCCGCGUUGAUACUCGUCAACCUCCGUCCAGGUUCGGAGGCAAAGGGUAGAGCUUGACAUUUGAAGAAAAAAAAUGCUUCAGUGUAAUAAGAAGUCUGUGAUUUGUUCAUGAAUUUCUAAUUACCCGUAGAUAAAAAAAAUCGUAAUCAAAAAGUGAAAUAGAAAAAUAGAACUUCUUCAAAUGUAAUGCAUCACAACGAAUGUCGGAGUGAAAGAAUGUUACUCAGAAUGCCUGCCUCAUGAUAAACCACAGAAUCGAAUAAUCCGUCGAUGUCGAUGCUGACAACUCAUUCAGGAAAGGGAUGUAGACGGUAAAUCAUGGGGGGACAUUAGGAGCUCCCGUUAAAUCAUGGGGGCUGGGAGUGCCAAGGGGCUACAGCAGCCUGACGAGGAUGAAGAGGAUCGGUUCUCGUCCUCGAGCGAGCAAUGGGGCAACGACCAGUCUGCUUCAGACGACAGCGGAAGGAAAGACCGGGACACGUCGCCCGAGUCCGACGUAGUGCCGAAGGCGCCACCUGCAGUAGAGAACGGAGAGAGUUCGGGGCAUGAGGAGAUGGAGGGGAAGAGGAGAGGCCUUUUCCACUUCUCCAAAAAGAAGGACGAGACCGACAAAGACAGGGUCGACGAGUUCGUGGACGAAACGAACGAGGACGACAAAAAGAAGAAAGGAGGGGCGAAGAAUAACAAGGACAAUGCAAAGAAGGACAAUGAGAAGAAGGGUUUCAGACUCUUCGGCUGGAGGAAGGACGACAAGAAGAACGAGAAGGACGAAGGCCUCGACGACGACAUCAACGACCUCGAAAAGACCUUCGACUCCCUAGGGAUCGUCGGCAAGAACUCGUGGGGCGACGCUCCUGCAAAACCCGCGAAGGAGGCGGUGGACGACCUGGAGCUCCUGGAGCCCAUGAGGAAGAGAAAAAACGUCCGUGUGCGAGGUCCGAAGGGCAUGAACGGCGUCGUGGCGGGAGGGACCAAAGGGCAGAGCGGCAGCGGAGGGAGCGGGAACAGCGACUUGGGAUCGACCACGUCAAGAAGGACCUUCAAGUACUCGUGGGAGACGGAGACGGGGUCUUCAGCGCCGAAACAGCAGGAGGACGAGUGGGAGUACAAAGCGGUUGUGAUCGAGGGCUUCGAUAUAGAGAAGUUUAGGAAAGCGAAUGUAAAGGAGCAGGUGUUCGACAGCACUAGCCUCCCCAAUGCCAUAGGGGACGACUUCACUACACGAGACUUGAAGUCUCCCCCCUUGCGGUAUGACCAGAACGAGCAACAAAUCCUAGCGAGCAUUGAACGAGACUUCAUCCACUGAUAGAGAGAGCAAGUACAAAGGUAUUUCAUUAAGUGUUAGUGUUUGGAUAGUGGUAACUUAAUAAAGAAAAGAGAGAAAACGUAAAGAAAAAGAAAAGAAAAGAAUAGAAAAACUACAUGAAUACUUAUUAAAAAAAACUAGAAGAAAAUAAAUGGAAAGAAAAGGUAACUGAACAUGCGUUAUAAAGUAGUGCUUGGAAUUCACGAAACGAAAUAAAGCACAUCACUUUAUUUCGACAAUACUUUUAACAAAGUCCGUGAAA